GCAUAUUCCAGUACAAAGGCAAGUCACAGGGAGACAAACUUCUGGGGCUUCUUCUCAAGCUACGCCUUCAACAGGAGGCUUGGUGUUUCCUGGAUAAGACUUCUAUCUCUAAUGCAAAGAUGGUAACAUACUUGGCCUUGUGAAUGUGGACUCUGCUGCCUCAGAUUGCAGCUUUCUUUUUUCAGUGCUUUAUCAUGGCUGAUGCUUCAGCAGAGUGACCAGUGCACAGGGUGUUUCUGUGUGGCUGAUCGGAGUGGACCACACUCUGUUUCACUGCUACUUUGGAGGUAGCGCCUGUUAGUCAGACUAACUAGUUGUUUCCUCCUUGCAUAAUUUUGCACUUCUGUCCUGAAUGUAAGUAUUUUGUAACUUGAAAAAGAAGGACUGUGAUGAGACUUUUUGGCUGGAUUGCAUCUGCAUCACCAGAAUCUAAUGACAUUUGCACAACCUGCACAACGAGAGCAAGAAACAGGACUGAUGUCUCCAUCUCGAGUCUUAAGAAAAACUACUGCAUGUCAUGCCAAAACACCUUGUGAGAGUGACUCAUGGGUGACUGCUGUUUUAAGCUGUCCACUAUAGCAGCCGAGUUUGUGAUAAGUCUUGCUGAGAAAAAUACUACGUUUGACACGUUUAAGGCAGUUCUUUUAAAGAAUGGCGCCGAGUUCACUGAUUCGCUUAUUAGUAAUUUACUACGUCUCAUACAGACAAUGCGGCCUCCACCAAAACCAUCUACGAGCAAAGAGACAGUUGUCAAACCCAAAUCGGAGAAGGAAAAGUUGAAAGAAUUGUUUCCAGCCCUUUGCAGGCCAGACAAUCCCAACAUCAGGAACAUGCUGGAUGAAGAUGAUGUGAAGGUGGCAGCUGAUGCACUUAAAGAACUUGAAGCUCUGAUGCCUAGUGCAGACAGGCAAGGCAAGCAAAGGAGCAGUGACCACCGGGUGAAGAAAAAGAGGAAGAGUCGAAGUCGUAGCAGGGACAGGAAACGAAGGCACAGAUCUCGCUCUAGGUCUCGUUCUAGGACUCGGGAUAAGAACAGGGGAAAAUCCAGAUACCGAUCAAGGAGCAGGAGUCAGAGUCCCAGUAGGGACCGUAAGGAUCGAGAGAAGUACAUCGAGAAGAGCAAUGAGAGAUGGAGAGACAAGCACAUAGACCGUCCGCCACCUGAGGAGCCUUCCAUUGGAGACAUUUACAACGGCAAAGUCACCAGUAUAAUGCAAUUUGGAUGCUUUGUGCAGCUGGAAGGACUAAGGAAGCGUUGGGAGGGCUUAGUCCACAUCUCAGAGCUUCGAAGAGAAGGACGGGUUGCCAAUGUUGCCGACGUUGUGAGCAAAGGACAAAGAGUAAAAGUCAAAGUGUUAUCCUUUACUGGAUCCAAAACCAGCCUGAGCAUGAAGGAUGUUGAUCAAGACACUGGGGAAGACUUGAACCCAAACCGGAGGAGAAACCUGGUUGGAGAAACCAAUGAAGAAACCUCUAUGAGAAACCCGGACAGACCCAGUCACCUGUCCCUGGUGAAUGCCCCAGAGGUGGAGGAUGAUAGCCUUGAACGGAAACGCCUCACCCGAAUUUCAGACCCAGAGAAAUGGGAAAUAAAACAGAUGAUUGCAGCUAAUGUGCUUUCCAAGGAAGAGUUUCCUGACUUUGAUGAGGAGACUGGGAUUCUUCCUAAAGUUGAUGAUGAAGAAGAUGAGGACCUUGAGAUUGAGCUAGUUGAAGAAGAGCCACCGUUUCUUCGAGGUCAUACUAAACAGAGCAUGGAUAUGAGUCCUAUUAAAAUAGUAAAGAAUCCAGAUGGUUCCUUGUCCCAGGCUGCAAUGAUGCAGAGUGCUUUAGCUAAAGAAAGACGAGAACUUAAACAAGCCCAGAGAGAAGCAGAGAUGGAUUCUAUCCCUAUGGGACUCAACACACACUGGGUGGAUCCUCUCCCUGAUGUGGAUGGAAGACAAAUAGCUGCAAACAUGCGAGGUAUUGGGAUGAUGCCCAAUGACAUUCCAGAGUGGAAGAAACAUGCAUUUGGUGGCAACAAAGCUUCUUAUGGUAAGAAGACCCAGCUUUCCAUUAUUGAGCAGAGAGAGAGUCUCCCAAUCUUCAGACUGAAGGAGCAGCUGAUACAGGCUGUGCAUGACAACCAGAUUCUGAUUGUUAUUGGAGAGACAGGAUCUGGGAAAACAACACAGAUUACCCAAUACCUGGCUGAGGCGGGGUAUACGUCAAGAGGAAAGAUUGGAUGUACUCAGCCUCGCAGAGUGGCUGCAAUGUCUGUUGCGAAGAGGGUGUCAGAGGAAUUUGGUUGCUGCUUGGGACAAGAGGUUGGCUACACCAUUCGAUUUGAAGACUGCACUAGCCCUGAAACUGUUAUCAAAUACAUGACAGAUGGUAUGUUACUGAGGGAGUGCUUGAUAGAUCCUGAUCUGACCCAGUAUGCCAUUAUCAUGCUGGAUGAAGCCCAUGAGAGGACCAUACAUACAGAUGUGCUCUUUGGACUCCUGAAGAAGACAGUGCAGAAACGGCAGGAUAUGAAGCUGAUAGUGACAUCAGCAACACUGGAUGCUGUGAAAUUCUCUCAGUAUUUCUACGAAGCUCCAAUCUUCACAAUUCCUGGCAGAACAUACCCAGUAGAAAUUCUGUACACAAAAGAGCCGGAGACAGAUUAUUUGGAUGCCAGUCUGAUUACAGUAAUGCAGAUCCACUUAACAGAGCCACCAGGUGACAUUUUGGUGUUUCUGACUGGUCAGGAAGAGAUUGACACUGCCUGUGAAAUCCUCUAUGAGAGGAUGAAAUCUCUAGGACCUGAUGUUCCAGAGUUAAUUAUCCUACCAGUAUAUUCAGCUUUACCCAGUGAAAUGCAAACCAGGAUCUUCGACCCAGCCCCACCAGGAAGCAGAAAGGUUGUCAUCGCCACUAACAUUGCUGAGACAUCUUUGACUAUUGAUGGAAUAUAUUAUGUAGUCGAUCCUGGCUUUGUGAAGCAGAAGGUUUAUAACUCCAAGACUGGAAUUGACCAGCUGGUUGUUACACCAAUUUCACAAGCUCAAGCAAAGCAGCGAGCAGGAAGGGCUGGGAGAACAGGACCAGGAAAAUGCUAUAGGUUGUAUACAGAGCGUGCUUAUCGAGAUGAAAUGCUAACCACCAAUGUGCCUGAAAUCCAGAGAACAAAUUUGGCCAGUACAGUACUUUCCCUGAAGGCUAUGGGCAUCAAUGAUUUGCUCUCCUUUGACUUUAUGGAUGCUCCUCCAAUGGAAACUCUCAUAACUGCCAUGGAGCAGCUGUACACCCUGGGAGCUCUGGAUGAUGAGGGACUGCUCACUCGACUUGGGCGCAGGAUGGCAGAAUUCCCCUUGGAGCCUAUGUUGUGUAAGAUGUUGAUCAUGUCUGUACAUCUGGGAUGCAGUGAGGAAAUGUUGACAAUAGUCUCCAUGCUUUCUGUACAGAAUGUGUUCUACAGGCCAAAGGAUAAACAAGCACUUGCUGACCAAAAGAAAGCCAAAUUCCAUCAGACAGAAGGUGACCACCUCACUCUGCUGGCUGUGUACAAUUCCUGGAAGAAUAAUAAGUUUUCAAAUCCCUGGUGCUAUGAAAAUUUUAUCCAGGCCCGGUCCUUACGCAGGGCACAGGACAUCCGCAAGCAGAUGUUGGGCAUUAUGGACAGGCACAAGCUGGAUGUGGUAUCCUGUGGGAAGGCAACAGUUCGAGUCCAGAAGGCCAUCUGUAGUGGCUUCUUCCGAAAUGCAGCAAAGAAGGAUCCCCAGGAAGGUUAUCGGACACUCAUUGAUCAACAAGUAGUCUAUAUCCACCCAUCGAGUGCUCUUUUCAACAGGCAGCCAGAAUGGGUGGUAUAUCACGAACUGGUGCUAACCACCAAGGAAUAUAUGCGUGAAGUGACGACUAUUGAUCCUCGCUGGCUGGUGGAGUUUGCACCAGCUUUCUUCAAGGUUUCUGAUCCAACCAAGCUCAGCAAACAGAAAAAGCAGCAGCGACUGGAACCCCUGUACAAUCGCUAUGAGGAGCCCAAUGCUUGGAGGAUAUCACGUGCAUUCAGACGGCGAUGAGCCUUGUUUCCUCCUGGACUCUUACUGGUUUUAUAUUUGUGGGACUGUGAUUUAUGCGCUGUUUCAACUGUCCUGAAAAAAAGGACAUUCAAUUAAAGCUUGCCUACAAAAUGAGCAGAAAGUAAGUAUUUUCAGAGCAAAAGCACAAGAGGGCGAUGUGUGCUCAUGUCAGCUGCCCCUCAGACUCCACAGCUGCAUGACAAAUGUCCUGGGUCUCCUCAGCGUGUUACAUCAUUUUAGAAACGGUUCUUGAAGCACUUCUUUAGUCAUUCCGCUCUUAAGAGACAAAACCUAAAACUCAGAAAUCUGGGCACUGAGCUGAACAACAACAAAAAGGUAAUGAUUAAAAAAUAGUUCUUCACCAACCUAACUGUGUUCUGAAUGACCAGAAAAUAGAAGCUGGAAUAGUUUGUUUCUUUACCCUGCUAAAAGGGAUUUAUUUCUAGUUAUGCUCUUGGACAGUGGCUGUUUUUUGGAAGCUGCUUGUUCUCCAUUUUUUCCUAUUUUAUGCAUUUUCCUGUUCAGUGUAACUAUUUGUCUUUUAUGCAAGCCGCCUGUGGUGAGAUAUUUAGUAUCUGUGGCUUUGGGAUAAGGCAGGAAAGAUCCCUUGAAACCCAACUAGAAUGUCAGUUAUACUUGGACAAUGGCACAGGUCAGGCUGCAAGUCUUAUCCUUCAUCACCGUCUCCUGUGUGCUGAAGGCUAGUAUAUCAAACAGUAAUUAACCACAUCCACUCUGUAGCACGGCUCUGUCUGUGAACAUAAGUGGUUACAGAUGUUUAGACUUUCUAUACAAUGUGUCAUGUGUUUUAUUUCCACUUACAAUGUUUGGUGACAUCACAACUGUUGGGUUUUUUUAAUAGAAUAUGCUUUUACAGCUAAAAUGUCUGUAAAACAUUGUGUAACAGUUCCUCGUUUAAAAAGAAAUUGGCUAUCCAGUGUGUGCUAUGUCAUGCUGAAGCUAUCUGUAAAUUAUUUUUUCUGUUGGAAACAGAUGAAACUUAUUUGACUCCAUAGCUGCAGAUACCCACUUUUUUAUUUAUUUUUUUUUUCCCCAAAGCUGGGACAUCUGCUAACAUUAUUGUUGAAGUGAGUAGAAUGAAGUUGGCUGGUUGGUUUACAUUCAGUGAAUUUGAAGAAAGUUUCACACUGAAAAGUAGCUAUAUUGGAAAUCUGUAUCUCUGUACAAAGGUGGGCAGGGAUGUUGUAUAUACUGUUUUAUUAUGUUGUAUAAAUGCCCUGAGCUUUCCCAUAGCGUUACAUCUUCAUAAAGUUAAAUAGAAUUAGAAAGUUCGUAAGUUUGGAGGCUCUUUUCAUUAUGGCAUUAGGCAGAGAAGGUUGUCCUACUGAAUGCUCUUCCAAGCGUAUUUUCUUUCCACAAACUCUGCAGCUGCAUCUGUUACUGUUUUUCUAUGAAAAAUUUGCACUUGACUUUCAAAAGUCACGUGAAAAAUGUAAAAGAGAAAAUGUACACAGUGGAAGUCCCAGUUGUACAGCAUACUUCGAGGUAUUUCUGUUCCAAAUUAAUUUUGUAUUUGCUUCUCCAGUGUAGCCUCUUUCUGACUUAUGGUAGGGGAAAAUGCAUCAACAGAGAGGAUUUGUUUUGUUUUGUUUUUUAAGUGAACAACUGUCAUCUGUUUUAUGUGUGUUAUUUCUUUCCUUGGUGUAAUUUUUUCAGUAAUAUCCUUUAGUUCAUUUACAGAAACUUUUCCACAUUGACCUCAGCUGCUUUCUUUGGCAAUACCCCACAUCCAAAACUAGCCUGUGAAACUGGAAUGCUGGCUUACAAACUUGAACCGCUUACAUGUUUUUUUUAAAGCAAGUUUUAUCAACCUGUUACCGCCCUGAGGUUUCUGAGCAUAACAUCCUAAUGUCUUCUACUGCUUAUGUGAUUUUUAGUUGGUUUAUCUUGUGUAAAAAAAAAAACCUGAAAAUAAGCUGCCUGGUCCUAGGAUAAAACCACAGACUUAAUGCUUUAUUCUGGCAGUACUUACAUAACUGAGUAGGUAUUUUAGCCCCUUGCUGGGGAAAGUGUUCUUUGAGCUCUCCUGUGUGAGGUGCUUGUGCAAGCACUUGUCAACCUGCCUCUGUCUAAUGAACUGCAUUAUUUUAAAUGGUAUAAAUCCUAGAUCUUCUGGUUCGUUUUGACUGUACUCAGUUAAUGCACUAGGACUGGUAACACAGAUUUCUUACCUAAAGGCAAAAAUUAUGCCAGCAGAGGCAAUGUGUCUAGUCUAGAAUGUUUUUGGAGGUGUUUAGCAUAACUGCUAAAAAUUCCCUGAGUAAUAUAAGUAUGUAUGUGUGUGUGCAAUCUUUGCAUGUGUCCCUUUGUCAGCAAUAAAUAGCCUCCUUGCCUUUAGCAGGUCUUGUGCUGUACACUGUGCUAGUGUGGAGUGGAAGUUUCUAUAAACAUGCCAGGAGGAGACAGAUGUGCUUGCCCUAUCUCCAGUGUCAUUACUGCCAGCAACAGGAGCAAAUACAGCCACUGAAAGGCCCUCUCUCAGACUUAGGUGGUUCCUUGCUUCCAGUAAUAUUUGGAUAAGGUGUUGAAAAGAGGCUUCAGCUGUAAUUAAGGGGGAAAGCUUAGGCUGCCAAAGCACUGGGGUUAUUCUUAUACCUGCUGGCAGAGAACAAACUAACAGUAGUUAGCUACAAGUGAACAGAGGGGAAAAACGGAUACAGACAGUGUGAGAAUAACUAAGCAAGCAAGAGUAAAUUGAAGGAUCAUAAUGAGUGCCAUUCCCACAAGAUAUUGGCAGAAUGGCACCAGUCUUUGGGCAGGUGGAAGGGGUAUAGAUGAAGGCUCAAGCUAUGGUUGCUUUCCCCCCCGCCCCUCUCCUGGAAGACCAAGGAGCUAUGUGAAAUGCUGAAUGGUUCCUCUGAUGAAUUCCAAGCCAUCUGUGAACCUCUCUACUCCUCAACAGCAUUGUGGCUUGUGGAACAUUUAAUGCAAGUAGCAUGGACUAAGCAUUGCUGGUUCCUGUCCCCCCUCUGGUUCCCUAGAGUUUGAUGUGGUGUCCCUCGCCUAGCUGGGGACCUCAUUCUGCUUGUUGAGAUACGAAUCUUUUUGUCUGGGUGGAGCAAACAAUCCUUUGUCUCAAACUCCAGCAGUAUGUGCCAUAUAGGCCAAUUUCCACAUGUUAGCUGAUUGUCACAAGCAAAGGAUUCACAGCAAAAGAAUAACUCACACAUUCAUGUGUACACGCACACACACAUGCAAAACCAACCUUUUGCCCUUAAUGCAAGAAAGAUAAAUAUGAUUUUUACAGCCAGCCCCACACAUGCUCCAUCUGUUAUAGUAACUACCUUAACCUUAUUAAUGGGCUUGUUACCAGAGCCAGUGUGACAGCAAUGUGCUACUUACACAAUGGGGGUUUUGUUUUUUAGUAAUUCAGUUUUCAUGAGAUUUCUGUGACAAUUGCAGAAGGCUGUGAUACUGACCCAUUAGCAGUUUCAUGGAAUUUUUCAUUUAUGAAAUGUAUUGUUCUUUCAAGCCAGCUGGGAAUACAGUGAGUGAGUAUCUGAUUUUAGCAAAUGUGUUUUGUAUGUGUAUGUUCUGUAACCUACAUAAAUCCUCUGGCUGGUCUGUCCAUACACUGGAGGUGGAGAAGUGGGGCUGCACUGAUCUGGAUACGCUGGUUUAUUUGGCUGAAAAAUGAUCUUGUAGUUCUUGUAGCUGGUAGGCCUGUGGGUCGGUCCAAACACAGCUCUGCUUUGCAAGCUACACUGAAAGCAGUGGGUUUUUUGUUGAGUGUAGAAAAGUCUAUUUGAGUUCAAUAUUAGCUCACUUCUACUAGAAGAAAGGCAAGGAGGUAGAAGUGAACUGGAUCAUACUUAGUCAGUGGCAGAUCCUGGCUAUUUUGGAAUGUGAAUGUUAGUUUCUACCAUUUAGGUCUGCCACAGAGAGCAUCUGAAAAGCCUGUUGAUGGAAGUCCAGUGUUAGAUUUUGUUUCCUAAACUUGAAGAAAAUCUAUCGGAGG